AUGAGAGUGCUGACAUGGAACGUGAAUGGAUUAGCCACUACCUUGCAAUAUCAUCCAUGGUCUGAGACCAAGUCUUAUAAAGUUCUAUUAGACGCGUUAGAUUCGGAUAUUAUUUGUUUUCAAGAGGUCAAAUGUCAACGAUCCAAGUUGUCCAAAGAGAUGGCUCUUGUGCCAGGCUAUCAUGCGUAUUUCUCAUUCUCAAAAGUCAAAUUGGGGUACUCUGGAGUCGCCGUAUAUGUCAAGGAUACAGCAACACAGCCAAGACGAACGUAUGAAGGCAUCACAGGCGUGCUCGAUGCCGCAGACGAUGAUUUUGAAUAUGACUUGAGCACGCCAGCAAAACUACUGGAUGAUGAAGGUCGAUGUAUCAUUUUGGAUUUUGGGUUCUUUGUUCUGUUCAACAUCUACUUCCCAAACGAUUCGAAUGAGAGCCGCAGCGAUUUCAAGAUGGAUUAUCACCACUGUGUGCAAAAGCGCAUUGAAUCGUUUCUAGAAAAAGGCAAGCAAGUGCUGCUGGUGGGUGAUAUCAACGCAGUGCACGAGGAGAUGGAUCACUGCGAUGCAAAACAGAGUAUGAAGGAUCACUGCAUUGCUGAUUUUAAGGAUCUACCGCAUAGACGAUGGCUGGAUAAUAUGAUUGACCCCAAGGGGCCUCUGAUUGACAUGACCCGUCUUUAUCACCCUGGACGCUUAAAAAUGUACACAUGUUGGAAUACAAGAUUGAAUGCGAGACCUGGAAAUUUCGGUACGAGAAUUGACUACAUACUGGCCUCCAAAGGCUUGAAACCAUGGUUCAAGUAUUCAGAUGUCCAGCCAGAUAUAUUUGGAUCAGAUCAUUGCCCAGUGUUUGCCGACUUUUCGCCCAUAAAUCAAACGAUUGUGGAUCAAAGUGAACCUAUUUACGUUUCACCGUUGUUGACAUCCAAUUUCCCAGAGUUCAAGCAAAACAAAUUAUCAAACUAUUUCGCAAAGCCAUCAUCAGCAUCGUCCAACCCACCAUCCUCUGCUCAACCACCACUGGCUAACCCAGCACCUACACCUUCUGCUCUUUCGCUAAAGAGAGUGCUGAGCGGCAAUGGUAGCAGCAACACAUCCAGCAAGCUGCAGCCAUCGAAAAAGCUCAAAUCCACAAAGAAGCCAGCGCCUAAAAACACAGCCUUGAUGAACUAUUUCUUUAAAAAGACAGAAAACAAUACUGACACGGACAUUAUUUCAAAUACAACGACAACAAAGCAGCAACUGCCCCAAAAGCAAGCAACCCAAGAACUAGAGGGGGAUAUUGAUGUGAAUGCACUUAUUGAGGAAGCCCAAGAAAAGCAGGUGACGGCAAAAGCAUGGACGUCAAUCUUCAAGACACCUGAAAUACCCACUUGUACAUUCCAUAAGCUGCCUUGCGUUGAGAGGAUCGUAUCCAAAAAAGGGCCCAAUUCGGGUCGAGCAUUCUACGUUUGUUGCAAACCCACUGGACCGAAAGAUGGACCGAGAGAAGAACACAGCUGCGAUUACUUUCAAUGGAAACAGCAAACCAACAACAAUACACGAGGAAAAGGGUUGUACACACAGCCGAAAUAA